UUUUCCUUCGGUUGGAGGCCAUGACGGGAGCCUGAGAGUUCAGCUGGACCUAGAAUAAGAAGAUGAUUCCCCGGGACGUAACUGUCAAACCAGCCCGUGUAGAUCUUUGAUUUUUGUAUAAUCUAUAUACAUCCUAGGUGGAGUCUGUCACUUUUUUCUCUUUUUUUUUUCCAAAUGUGUUCUUGGCAAUCAGUCGACGACAAUGUUGAAUCGCUAGGAGGUUUUUGGGUCGAAAAAGGAGGCUAGCACGGCUAAUGCUACGUCUUAUUAGUGACUGGGUUUUGAGAGCCGGUGAGUUCUCACUAACUAACCCCUGGCUGUCAAUUGCGGCAGCUGUGACUGAAGUCGUCGCUUCGUCUGGUACCUUAAAGCUUCUCGGACGGUAGCUGCAUGUAUCUUAUUUGGAGGAGUUUUUUUGCUAAACGAAUUUCAGGAUCGGGAAAGUCGGGCCUACGCGGAGGAGGAGCAGAGCGAGGCCCGUCUUUAUGAUCCAGAGAAAGCCUUUUCUAAUCCUACAUCUACCGACUGCCACUGCUAGCUCUGCGGGGCUAGCUCCUUAUCUACGAGGGAUCUGCAGAAGUCCGACGACCAUUACCAGAUAAACAUUUCUUUUGCGUUUUUAUCCCAUAUGGCCACAAUGACUGCGAAAAUAAAAUUAAUCGUUAGUCGGAACAAAAGGAGAUACCAGGAGGAUGGAUUCGACCUGGACUUAACAUACAUCUACCCAAACAUCAUUGCUAUGGGCUUUCCAGCGGAGAGGCUGGAAGGCGUGUACAGAAACAAUAUAGAUGAUGUAGUACGGUUUUUGGAUUCAAAGCAUAAAAACCAUUACAAAAUAUACAACCUCUGCGCAGAAAGACACUACGAUGCUGCCAAAUUUAACUGCAGAGUUGCACAGUACCCCUUUGAAGACCACAACCCCCCUCAGCUGGAGCUGAUUAAGCCGUUUUGUGAAGACCUGGACCAGUGGCUCAGCGAGGACGACAAUCACGUGGCGGCUAUCCACUGUAAAGCGGGGAAGGGCCGCACCGGAGUGAUGAUCUGCGCUUAUCUCCUCCAUCGACGCAAGUUCACCAAGGCCCAGGACGCGCUGGACUUCUACGGCGAAGUCAGGACAAGGGACAAGAAGGGAGUCACGAUCCCAAGCCAGCGUCGCUACGUCUACUAUUACAACCACCUACUGAAGCACGGGCUGGACUACAAGCCGGUGGCGUUGCUAUUCCACAAAAUGGUGUUUGAAACUCUCCCCAUGUUCAGCGGGGGCAACUGCAGGGACAGUACCGUUAAAAACAGGAGCGAGCCGACCCCUCAGGGCUUCAAGAAAGGGAAUUGGCAUUGGGAUCCACAGUUUGUGGUCUACCAACUCAAAGUCAAGAUUCACACAUCAAACCCAGCGCACACGCGGCGCGAGGACAAGCACAUGAUUUUUGAGUUCCCCCAGCCGCUGCCAGUCUGCGGAGACAUCAAAGUGGAGUUCUUCCAUAAACAGAAUAAGAUGCUGAAGAAGGACAAAAUGUUUCAUUUCUGGGUGAACACCUUCUUCAUCCCUGGACCAGAAGAAGGUGGGGAGAAGAUGGAGAACGGGACGGUGAACAAUGCGGAGAGCCAGCAGGGAGGACCGGGCCUGAGUCUGGGUCUGGGCCUGGGCCUGCAGCAGUGCGCUGAUGGCAGGGACAGCUGCUGGGACGGGGACGGGGACAGGGAAAGGGACGGGGAAAGGGAAAAGGGGGAAAAAGACAAGGAAUACCUCAUCCUCACACUCACGAAGAACGACUUGGACAAAGCCAAUAAAGACAAGGCUAACCGCUACUUCUCUCCAAACUUCAAGGUGAAGUUGUAUUUUACAAAAACGGUGGAGGAGCCCUCAAACUCUAGCAAUUCAACAAUCGUCACCCCGGACGUUAGCGACAAUGAGCCAGACCAUUAUCGAUACUCAGACACCACUGACUCUGAUCCGGAAAAUGAACCUUUUGAUGAAGAGCAGCACACGCAAAUCACUAAAGUGUGAACUCUUUUAAAGCAGGAAGAGAAGAAAUUAUACACCUGAAAAAAGGAGAAAACUUGAAUAUAAACUCAAAAGAAAGAACCUUUGUUCCUUCCUCCAGACGGCAAUAGAAUAUCAUCAUGUCAAAAUGCCAACUUUAGGGAAAAAAAGAUAAAUAACCUGACCAAUAUAUUGUUUUAUUUUUCUUUUUUUUUUUUCUUUUUUUUUUACACAGCAGUGUACCAUGUGUGAGGUAUCGACACUGUUGCCCCAUGGGAAAAGGUGCUGUAGCUAUAAAAAGGUGUUUAUAUAUAUAUAUAUUAUAUAUAUACAUACAUACAUACUUACAUAUAUGUAUAUACAUAUAUACAUGCAUAUAUAAACAAACUUUUGUGUCAAAGACAAUGGAAAGAGAUCCACAAUCAGGAGACUGGAGUGGAAGUGUGGGAGAAGUUUGAAUGAAAUACUAGGACUAUGCUGCUCCUUCUCCUGUCUAAACCAAGGCCAGUGCUGCAGUCACUUUGUUUCUUUCCUCCCUCCUCCUGUCAUCUUCUACUCCUCACCUUUCCUCCUUAUCCCUCCUUCCUAGAUUCCUUUACUGUGAAUGCUUCUUGUGCUCUUUGCAGGCUGUCUCAUGUGACUUUUGGCCUUUGUGCAGUGCAGACUGCAUGUAGGCAGCGGGGUUGGGGUGGGGUUGACGAAGAGGCUGUGAUGAUGUCUAAAAGCAUUGCCAUUCCUGUUCCCACUGUGUAUACGUUUAAAUUAUGCAGAACAAGGCAUCCCAUGUAAUUGUUAAUGUUUUUUUAUCCUAAGAUAAUAAAAAGUUAUAAUACACAAAAACAGCAGGGAGACAAGUGUUUGCAAUAAUGUCAACACUACAUUCAGAGGACAGUGGUCAUUUGCAUGUACUGGAAUUGGAGUCCAUCCCUAAUAAAUGUAUGCAAUGUUGUCAUUUUCUUAAAGAA